AUGGUCAUCCUCCCACCAGAGUUUGCCGACGCUAUCCGCAACGAUACUGACCUCGAUUUCAUGACAUUUGUCAAUGGGCAAUUCCACUCAGAGAUCCCUGGGUUUGAGGUUUUUAGAGAGGGAACGAAGACCACUCUGGUGACCGAUGUCGUCAGAGUCAAGAUAACGCAAUCUCUUGAAUGGAAGGAGUUCGUGCUUAAGCCAACCCUCUUGGAUCUUGUUGCUCGCAUUUCAGCUCGUGUGUUUCUUGGCGAAGAGGGAUGCCGCAAUCCCGCUUGGUUGAAGAUUACCAAGGAGUACACCGUCGACGCCUUUAUCGCUGGUGUAGAGCUCCGAAAGUACCCUCCUGGUAUCCGUCACGUCAUUCACUGGUUUUUACCCCAGUGCAAAGCUGUCCGCGCACACCAGCAAACCGCACGCAACAUUAUCAACGAAGUCCUACAUGCACGCAAAGUAGAGGACCAACAAAGACUGGCGGAGGGUCUCAAGCCUAAGGCGCGAAACGAUGCCGUCGAAUGGUUCGAACAGAUGGCCAAAGGCCGUAACUACGAUGCGGCAACUGUUCAGAUUGCUCUCGCCAUGGCGGCAGUGCAUACCACGACCGAUCUCCUGUCUCAGACCCUGUACGACAUUAUGCAACAUCCAGAGAUUGUGACUGCACUCCGGGAGGAGAUCGCAACGGUCAUCAGCCAGGAGGGCUGGGAAAAGACGGCGCUGUACAAGCUGAAGCUGACGGACAGUGUGAUCAAAGAAAGCCAACGCAUCAAGCCGCCCAAUGUUGUGAGCAUGAACCGGGUCGCCAUGAAGGACGUCAAACUUCCAGAUGGCUCGAUUAUUCCUGCUGGGUCAAAGAUUGGUGUUUCUGCUCACGCCAUGUGGGACCCGUCCGUCCACUCCGAUCCUGGAUCAUGGGAUGGGUAUCGUUGGCUUAAGAUGCGCCAGCAGGAGGGACAAGAGAACCUUCACCAACUUGCCACGACCACCCCGCAGCACAUUGCCUUUGGCCACGGAAAACACUCAUGCCCUGGGAGAUUCUUCGCUGCCAACGAGAUCAAAAUUGCGCUGUGCUUUUUGUUGAUGAACUACGAUUUCAAGUUGACUCCGGGUGUAAAGCCCAAGCCUGUAGCCGCUGGCAUUCAACUUGACUCCGAUCCUACGGCUAAGGUGCAAGUCAGACGCAGCGAGCCUCAGCUGGAUUUGGUAUCCAUGCUGAAGAUGGACUCUUGA